ACUCGCCCACUCUCAGAAUUUUCCUCCACUAGUCGCAUCUUGUCUACCAGUUCCACUGCUACCGUUAGCAAGCAAAUAAGGGAGUAGCGAGUCAUUUUAUGUCUAAAUAUGUUAACGUUAUGUCGUUUUGCCCGUUAAGGCUUUGGGGAAAAUGAAAUUACAGUUUUUCCGUGCCAACGCGGCGCCAAGAAGACACAAUUCCGCGCGGAAAGUCAGCUUUUUCACUUCGACCUCGGUAGCUGAAAGGCUUUAGCAAGUCACUUCGUCUUGACAAGUGAGGGGCUCAGCUGUCCUCCUCCUCCUCCGCUGCUGGUUCUCUGUGUGGCGGGGGGUUUGGACAAAGCAAGUCAGAUGUUGUUGUUGGACGGUGAAAAAUAUCGUCCGACGUCAAACGUUUUGUCACCAGGUCGUGAAGCCGAAUUGUCAAGCUGAUCGCUGUCGUGGAAGAAGAGGAGAGUGGUGUAUUUUUAAGAGGGCGAGAGUUUGGAUCUCACACCAGCGUUAAGAGAAAUCGUAGUAGGGGGUGUGCGGAGGAGGAAGACCCUUGUGCCAGUGAUGGCAAACGAGCCGAUCAUCCUGAACGUCUAUGAUAUGUACUGGAUCAAUGAGUUCACCAGCACUCUUGGCAUCGGAGUGUUUCACUCAGGGAUUGAGGUCUACGGCAGAGAGUUUGCCUAUGGAGGACACCCGUACCCAUUCUCAGGGAUCUUUGAGAUUACACCAGGGGAUGCAACUGAACUCGGCGACACCUUUAAGUUCAAAGAAGCCAUAGUCCUGGGCAGCACAGACUUCACAGAGGAGGAUGUAGAGAGGAUCGUGGAGGAGAUGGGGAAGGAGUACAAAGGCAACGCCUACCAUCUCAUGCACAAGAACUGUAACCACUUCUCCUCAGCACUUUCAGAGAUCCUGUGUGGCAGGGAGAUCCCUCGCUGGGUCAACCGUCUCGCCUACUUCAGCUCCUGCGUGCCGUUCCUCCAGAGUUGCCUGCCAAAAGAGUGGCUGACCCCAGCUGCCUUACAGUCCAGCGUCAGCCAGGAACUACACGGAGGAGGAGAGCUGGAGGAGGCCGAGGACGUCGUGGCCACAGCCUCCCUGGCCUCCAUGUCGCCGUGCUUACCCUCGUCCUCCUCCAGCCCUUCCUCCUUGCCUCGUCAUUCCCGUCACCAGCCGCGCCGUUAGAAGGCGCAAGGUCUGCUGGGAACCGCGCGGCUGGACAUGCAAUCGGGACGCAGAACAGCCGCUAAUGAGUCAGUCUGCCCUCGAGCGACGCCCUUACCUGCUCUGGGUAAGAGCGUCGACCAAAUCCCUGCAGUGAAUGUUCCACCUCACCACUGACAAAGGCAGGACCAACUCUGAACUGUGAACGUGGCUGACAGAUCUCAUCAUCGCAUCCAGAAUCCGAAGUCUGUCCCCCUCAAGUAGGAUAAGGAUAAAAGAAGGUUCAUUCGUUUUCCAACCAGUGUUUUAGAAUUUGGGAACAUUUACCAGCCACAUCCAGAUAUUGGUGCUAAAACCAGAUAGAGGGAAUGUUGAGGAAGAAAAUGUAGGUCUGCGUCAGAUUUUAACCACAAGUUCACACCAAAGGAGAGACCUUUUAAGAAGUUGUUGACUCUGGUUUCUUAAGUUCUUAAACUGUCGAAGUCGAAUAGACUUCGAAAUACAGAUGUGGGCCUAAAAUGCACCACCUUUUUGUGCAUUUUUCAGUUUUAAACUUCAGAGACAACUUGGUGGAAGUGAGAAUCCAGCACCAGAGUGAGAAGUUUGAUCAAUAAUUUAAAGUCACUUACGUUCAAUUGCUGGUAUUAUGUGACUGUGGCUGGUAAACAUUCCUGCUCCAGCUAUGGUUGAAAAUGUUCCGAAUCAUUUUGGAUGCAGUGGGUGGACGAUUUUAGACUAUGAACACUUUGCCUCAAACUGCAUUGUUUGCAUCAGGACCUCAGUCUUUAGUUUCAUUGUUUUUCUCACAGAGAGAAAAAGUCUGCACAGACUUAAACCACAGCUACAAUCAGCCUCAUUCUCCACCCACACACACAAAUAAACUGAUCCAGACACAAGUGUCAAAGUGGAAGGAAAUUCCUAAGACACAAUGCUUUUUAAUUUCCUUUUUCGUUGUCACCAUUUUGUCCGUAAGAGCUCUUAACAUCCUUCCUGCCAUGGUAUAACUCCUGACAUAAUAAAACAGUGGCACAGACUUUGAAAACGCUUCAGCCUAUAAUGUAAUAGUCACAAAUGGUUAUUACUCUACAAAUAAUAAUUUAAAAAAAACACAUUUCAGGCAGCGACUUAAUGGGGUUUAAGCCCCAGAACAAAACACAGUAAAAAUCUUUCUUAGUAGCAACUGCCAAGGUGCCUUUGAGCAAGGUACUUUACCUACAAGCAACCCAGCAGAAGACUGGUUGUACUGGUCUGCUCCCAGUUGUGCACGUGUGUAUAAUUUGUGAGUGUGAAGCAAAAUGUCUCUUCUUUACCUGCGUUUGUCAAGUGUAUGGUGGAUGGGUGUGAUGACGCCCACUGGUGUUCAUUUGGAGCAUUACAGCAAUCACAAACACAUUUGAAGGUUUUUUUUUAUUUUGAAACAUGAGACUUACAGAUUACGUUGAGGGGGGGAAAAAAACAAUUGCAAUCAACAUUUAUUGUCUUUUGAAUCCCCUUUAAAUGUAAACUAAUCCUUUUAUAAGACAAUGCUGCUUACUCAAAUGAUGAGCACCUGACUUCAAACUCCACACAUGCUGUUGACAACACCACGUAUGCUGCGUAACGUGUGUUAUCCCAAACAAGAGCCUUGGACGUGUUGUUGAGGUGAUGUGUUGUGCUGGAGGUCUGAGGACGAGCAGGAAAGCUUUGUUUUGGCUUGUGUUUAUUUUGAUGUAAAUAUUGUUUCUAUGGACUCUAGCCUUUUUGUCUGUUUUGUUUAUGUCUGAUAAACUCAGGACUCUAAAGGCUUUGUAACAUAAUCCUUUAAGACAUUUUUUUAUCCCACAUGUUUAUGUUUGCGUCGUUGUUCCUUUUUCUAAUGCAGUAGUCUCUCCAUAGAGCUUUUUAAAGAGCAGAGUACACUUUUAUACUCUUUGAUUUAAAAAAAAGAAAAGAAAAAAAAAGCUUUUGUUUACAACGUGGGUGUUUGUAUAUGAGCCCGUGCUGCUCUUUUUUUCCGGUUUCUGCAUGAAUGUGUGUGUGUGUGUGUGUGUGUGUGUGUGUGUGUGUGUGUGUGUGUGUGUGUGUACGGCACGUGUACACUUGGAUUUUAAAUGGUCAACAAGCUGCCAACGGGGCCACACGUCGACACAUCACACACAUUGACAUUGCCGGCUUUGGUUUUGACUUGAACUGAAGCAUUUGGAUUUCUUAAACCCAUUUUUUCUCGAUCCUUAUUUUCAAAUAUUUACAAUUAUAAUAUUUUGGCACAAUGGCAGAUGUGUUUAAUGACGUUGUUUCCUGAGAAAUAAACCAAACGGGAGCAGUGUGAAAGCAGGACACACUGUGCAACAAUAACAACGUUUCAUAUGAGACCAGCAUAUUUACCACAUUUCUGUUGUUUUCAGCAAAAAGGAUUCAAGUGUGUUAUGGGAUUCAUGUUAAUGAUUCUUUUUAUGUUUGUAAAUCUUAAUAAACUUGAAUUCUUAAUGCACUGACACAAACUGACACACACUCGUAUUGGCGCCUCCUGCUGGCUGAUAUUUGUACUGUUAUUCAUCUGUAUUUCAACACAGAGACACUGAGGUUUCCCUUAACUUUCAUAGCUUCUGAUGAUGUGAUGAUUUAAUCUGAAACAACAUUUAACAUUAUUUAAUGUCAAUCACUGCUAAUGUAUUGUUUAUGAUUUAAAAAAAAAGCCCUCAUUCUUUUACUUUAUUUACAGUCAUAGAUGUCCUAUCAAAGUGUCAUUUGCCACGUGUGUGAGCUAUGAAUGUAAAGUGGAAAACUUUCAUUUGAUCUGCUGGGGAAAAACACAGACUUCAGCUGGUUUAUUGUGAUUUUUCACAAGAGGCUUCAGUGGAGCCAACAAGAUUUGUACUCUGAUGGAAAGUUAUUAAAGAGAAAUCUACAACAUGA